AUGAUGAGCGCUGCGUCCUUUUUAACUCCUUUGGGCGAGCGCCCUCCACAAUACCGCACUCCGUCCCCUCCGCCGCGACGCGCUGUCGAACCUAUCACUCCCUCCACCACCGAAUUUCUCGCCUCGUGGGCCGAGCGUAAUGUCACUCGGGCUACAAGCCUUGACCGUGACCAGCGUCCAUCAAAUUAUACCCGGAAUACCGCUGCCGAUGCCGGUUCCCAUCACCGGUCGGGCCAUGGCCGGUCAAAUUCCACCAUCGACACGCUUGCGACCAUCGCCCUCGCAACAAGUCCGACUUUCGUUCCCCUUUCCUAUCGACCACCUUCUCCAAAUUCUCGCUCGAUCGCAUCCCUAAUACCUCCCGAUAAUCAUUCCGAACGACCGGCCAAACGUCCUCGGUCAGAGAGAGACCCGUCACCGCACCACUCUCGGAGAUUUCCGCAGGGCAAUCCCCACUCCACCUUCAUAGACAGCAUGCAAACCGACGCGGAGCUUUUGCUCAACUUUGCUCGACCCACCAAUUUCCACUCCGAAAACAAGAAACGGGUCAGCAUUGACGAGACCUAUCACAACCACGGCGCUGGCUCAAUACGGCACAAUCGAGUGGGUUUUGUCGGCGUUUCUGGUGGCCUAGAGGAUGGGAAAACCCUGCUUCAAGAGGAUGGCAUUCUACCAUCACGCAUGAGGUCUCGUUCGGACGGGUCUGCAUUUCUCUCGCGUCCUGUGAUUCGCGGCGUACGCCCUGCCACUAGCUCGGGGACGUUGCCUCCGAUUGUCUGGGAAGAUGAGAAUGAGGAUAGCCCUCCAGCGGACGUAUCUCGUUACGCUGGAUAUGGUGAACGCCAAUCUACCGAGGGACGAGAACCUUUGCCUCACAAAACAGCUGAUCUCACUCCCAAAGUUGAAGAGGAGGGGAGCGAUACGAAUCAAGCAAGCUGCUCUGCAUGUCACCUGGUGCGGAUCCCAGUGGAAACCGAGGAGCAAGAUGAGGACACUUGGAUUGGCUGCGACGGAUGCAAACGCUGGUUCCACAUCGUCUGUGCUGGGUUCAAGAACGACCGGGAGGUUCGCACCGUCGAUAAAUUCAUAUGCCGUGCAUGCCGCUCAACCCAUGGUCAAACAACCUUUGUGCGGAAGUCCUCGCGUGCUCGUACAGCAAUUGAUUAUGCUGGUCUGAACCAGGGACUCGUCAAGGCGGCCACUGAUUCAGUAGAGCACCAUUAUUUGGAACCUAUUCGUCAAGGGAAGAUUAAGUUCCAGCCAGAGAGUUUUCCUCGCAUGAAGCCAGAGCUGGUCACGGCAGAAUAUUUUGAGCGAGGCAAUGGUUGGAACGAGCCUGUUGUUAUUCCUGCCUGCUGGAAUAGCCGUGACCCCGUUCCUGAAGUCGACGCAGACUUAGAGGCUUUGGUAGAUGAAGCUGCAACACAGGAAAUGUUCGAUGACCUACUUGAACAUGUUUCUGAACAGGAAAUUGAAGUUGAGGAAAAGCCUGAGUGUGGCCAAGAUCAACUAGACAUGGUGAUACCUCAAGGCCUCACUGUCCGGGCGGUGGCUGAGCUUUAUGGCCCUGAGGAGAGGGUUGAAGUCAUUGAUGUCAAGUCACAGCAAGGAGAAGACAAGAGGUGGAACAUGCAGAAAUGGGCAGACUACUAUGAGAGCUCUGAGCCCAACAAGCCUGUUCGAAAUGUUAUCAGCCUGGAAGUGUCACAGAGCAAGCUAGGCCGGCUUAUAAAGCGGCCUAAGGUUGUACGCGAUCUGGAUCUUCAAGAUGCCGUAUGGCCCGAGGAAUUGAAGGCCAUUGGCGACUACCCCAAGGUCCAAUUCUAUUGCCUUAUGUCUGUCGCCGAUUGUUAUACCGACUUUCAUAUCGAUUUUGGUGGAUCCUCAGUGUACUACCAUAUUCUCAAGGGUAAGAAGACUUUCUUCUUUAUCCCUCCGAAGGACAAGCAUCUCAAGAAGUACGAGGAGUGGUGCAAUUCUCCCGCACAAGAUUCAAUAUUCCUUGGCAAUCAAACCAAAGAGUGCUAUCGUGUGGAUCUGUCAGAGGGGGACACCAUGCUUAUUCCGUCGGGCUGGAUCCAUGCUGUAUGGACACCAGAAAACAGUUUAGUCAUCGGUGGCAAUUUUCUCACUAGAUUGAACUACGGGAUGCAGAUUAAAAUCCUCAAUAUCGAGAAGGAGACCAAAGUUCCCAAGAAAUUCAGAUAUCCUUUCUUCCAGAAGAUUCAAUGGUACACGGCAUUGAAGUAUCUGGAGGAUGACCCGAUUCCGCAAAAUGUGCUGGAGGCCUUCGCCCAAGAUGAGAACUUUCGACUUCACCGGCACUACCCUAUCUAUUAUGAGUUCGGAGAGCGUGCCAACCAGGAGCCUCCUAGCUCCCCUUACUACAACGCCCGAUUCUACUCCCAGGCCGAAUUAGAGGGCUUGCCAGAGUUGACCAAGUAUCUUCUGCGAACAGCACUCAUUGCAAGCUCCUAUAACGUCGAUGCAGUGACAAUCGAAGUACGCAAUGCGGUCAGGCGCUCUAUUCCUAAGGGAGUCGGAGAUCCAGUGGAUAUGAUUCGCAGAUUCGGUGUUUGGGUCGCCUGGAAACGUGGUAACGAGAAAGCCCCCCAGUGGACUCGUCCAGGGGUGAUCGAAAGCAAUCCCAAGGUGUCUCUUGCAGAAAAACGACCAGCUGGUCGGCCUAGUCGACGCUCUGAACGUAAUGCAGACGGCCAGCGCACCUAUGCUGAAAGACAAGCUGUUCAACGGCCGAUGGAGGAGGCCGCCACACCCGUGCCUCCUGCGAGCUGCGGUACCAUCGCGCCAUCUGAAAGCGCAACGCCUGCUCCGGUUGGUCCCAUUGCUGAUUUUCCUACUCAAGAGCCAACGACUCCUAAGCCGCGGUCUACGCCACGCGGCUCGGGGCUUGGACCGAAACGCGUUGCCUGCGAUGCUUGUCGCAGACGACGCAUCAGGUGCCGCCAUAAGGAUGAGCCGAAUGAAUGGAUGCAAGGUCGACAAAUGGCAAUGAAUGGAUUUGCCCCUGGAUCGGGCCUCAGCACCCCAUCUUCUCUCGCCCAAGAUGCGGUUUCUGCAUUGAACUCCUUGGCUGCAAUUGCUUCUCAGGCUGGAUUCCAAGGAAGCGGCGUGGCUGGCUUGGAACACUUUGAUGGCCCAGCCUUCCACUCGGCAAUCAUGGGUACCUCCACUGCCGCUGCCAAUAGACUCAAUGACGCGAGUCCUGACGGCGCCAACGGUAGUAAAAAGGGACGAAGCAAGGCAUGCGAUGACUGUCGGAAAAGCAAGCGUCGUUGCAUUCACGAUGAUCGCGGGAAUAUUGACCCGAUCAAAGCUCAAGAACGAUCAAAACCUCGUGGCACUGCUUCCGCAAAGCGACCCCGUCCCAAUGAAGAUGACGCCAUGGCUGCCGCUUGCAAGAAAGCCAAACAGGAGAGCACGUCUCCAAUUGCACACUCGGCAUUCUUCAGUCAAAAUACAGGCGGGGCCAUAGUGGCACACGCGAUGCCAGUCAGACACUACGACGACGAAUCCAUUGGCUAUGGCGUCAUGGAUCAGCUUCAAGCCCAGCCUAUCAAAGAGAGUGGGACACACAUCGGUCAAGCUUUAUACGCAUCGCCACCCGCGUUCCAUGCCGAUCUGAUUGAAGGAAAGGAUGUUACGUCUAUGUCGGUCUCGUCAAAACCGACCGCCUCCCUAGUGUCCCCACCCACGUCGCUGGCCGACGAAAUGGACGUGGUGCAGGAUGGCGAGGCACUAGCAUCCGUUGAGGCCGAGGCGCCCAAUGCGCUCCACACACCUAAUUCGAGCUCCCGCCAUUCGUCUCGCCAACCUCGACAUGGUGAUCUGCCCCGACAAGGUGAGCGAUCCGCGCCAGAAGCAACUGCGAAUCGUGUGAACAAGCCGGUCAGUAUUCCAACCUCGAAUACUGUCCGUCGAACAACUCCAUUUGCGACCUCAUCCAAGAAGCCUUCGUCGCGUCCGUCAUCCUCUCACGCAAAGAAAAGCUCCCCAAUGGUCGAGAGGCAUUUUGAGCGUCACGCGCCCACCUCAUUGUCCCCCCACCAAUUAAAGCAUGCGAAACAUUUCAUCGGUGAGGACGAUACGGAUGCCGAGAGUCUGCGUCUUAUUCGAGAGCUCCAAGAAGAGGAAUUUGGGCUGCGAAGACGACGAGGCUAA